AGAGAGAGAGAGAGAGAGAGAGUCUCUUCAGAAAUUCGAAAGAGAUGGCUGGGUUUCGCUCCGGCGUCGUUUCGGUGCUGUUCGUCCUCCUCGCCUGCUUCGCCGUCCAGCACCUUUCUGCUUCCGACGAUACGGUCUUCUACGAUUCGUUCGACGAAUCAUUUGAGGGGCGUUGGACCGUGUCCGGCAAGGACGACUAUCAAGGUGUGUGGAAGCACUCCAAGAGUGAGGGCCAUGAGGACUUUGGGCUUCUUGUGAGCGAGAAGGCCAAGAAGUAUGCUAUAGUUAAGGAGGUUGAUGAGCCUGUGAGUCUCAAGGAUGGGACAGUUGUCCUCCAAUUUGAGACUCGUCUCCAGAAUGGGCUUGAAUGUGGUGGUGCCUAUCUGAAGUACCUUCGACCCCAGGAGGCUGGAUGGGAACCUAAGAUAUUCGACAAUGAGUCUCCUUAUUCUAUAAUGUUCGGACCUGACAAAUGUGGGCUUACAAACAAGGUUCACUUCAUUUUCAAGCAUAAGAAUCCCAAGAGUGGAGAGUAUGUUGAACACCAUCUUACCACCCCACCCUCCGUUCCAGCUGACAAGCUUACUCACGUAUACACUGCCAUUAUCAAACCUGAUAAUGAGUUGGUAAUCCUGGUUGAUGGAGAGGAGAAGAAGAAGGCCAACUUCUUAUCAACUGAUGAUUUUAUGCCUCCACUCAUCCCUACCAAGACAAUUCCUGAUCCUGAAGAUAAGAAGCCUGAGGAUUGGGAUGAGAGAGCCAAGAUUCCGGAUCCUAAUGCAGUUAAACCUGAUGAUUGGGAUGAGGAUGCACCCAUGGAAAUUGUGGAUGAGGAAGCAGAGAAACCUGAAGGAUGGUUGGAUGAUGAGCCUGAGGAGGUAGAUGACCCUGAAGCCACCAAGCCAGAAGAUUGGGAUGACGAGGAGGAUGGCGAGUGGGAGGCCCCGAAGAUUGACAAUCCCAAGUGUGUGACUGCCCCUGGUUGUGGCGAAUGGAAGAGGCCAAUGAAGAGGAAUCCAGCUUACAAGGGAAAAUGGCAUGCACCACUCAUCGAUAACCCCAGUUACAAAGGUAUCUGGAAGCCUCAGGAGAUUCCGAACCCUAGUUACUUUGAGCUCAAGAAACCCGACUUUGAGUCCAUUGCUGCCGUUGGCAUUGAGAUCUGGACUAUGCAAGAUGGUAUAUUGUUUGACAACAUUUUGAUAGCGAAAGAUGAGAAAGUUGCCCAUUCAUACCGAGAGUCCCAGUGGAAACCAAAAUAUGAUGUUGAGAAGGAGAAAGAGAAGGCUGAGGAAGAUGUUCCUAGCUCAGAAGGUCUAUUAGCCACUGUUCAGAAGAAGAUAUUUGACAUUCUAUACAAGGUUGCAGAUGUUCCCUUCUUAGCUUCCCACAAGUCUAAGAUAGUUGAACUCAUUGAGAAGGCAGAGGAACAACCCAAUAUCACACUUGGUGUCAUCGGCUCCAUUGCUGUGAUCAUCGUAACAGUACUUUUCAUGUUCCUUUUUGGUGGCAAGAAACCAGCUAAGGUUGAGAAGAAACCCGCUGUAGCCUCCGAGGCUUCUGGAAGUGGUGUGGAGAAGAAAGCCGAGAGCGAGAAGGAUGGUUCUUCAGAUGAGAAUGAGAAGGAAACUGGUGCUGCUCCUCGUAGGAGGACAGGAGCCAGACGUGAAAACUAAGUGAGAAGAGAGGAAAAGCUAGCUACGACUGUUUACGGUGUCGCUCUUCACUUUGAUGACUAUCGUGAAAUUUUGAGCUUAGCUGUUUUUGUAGGUCAUUCUUGGCUGUUUGGGUGUGUUUUCUUAGGCCUUCUGUGUUGAGACAGUAAUAUGCAUCAGAAGUGUAAAUGACAUUUCUUAUUAAGCUGUUAUAGUUCCGUUCAAGUAGACAUUUACUUAGACAGUUUGAUUCUUUAUGUACCGUUUAAUUGUGAUACAUAAAUUGUUCUACUA